CUUCCUCCCCAGAUACAGAGGGAAACUGAGGCACGGCGCAAGGGACUUGGCAGCUGUCAGGUCAUUGGCGGAGCCGGGGAUAGAAGCCGGGAAUCCUAAUGUCCUGUUCUACCUACUAGGCCACUUCCCUCCUCACCCCCCCUGCUGCUCACUGGGGAGCUGGGGGAGCAGGGUGGGAGGCAGCCCCCCUAGGCUGCAUCUACCCCAAGGCUUUUCUGCAAUUCUCCCACUGCUGCUCUUAAAGUUGGGCUGGGAUGGCAGCCCCCAACCAGCCAUCUCAGCCCUAUGCAAUGGGGUGAACACGCCAUCAAGAGACUGACACUGGCCUGAUCAUCAUUGCUACCCAGGCUGGGGGAAUUGCAGAAAAUCAUUUGUGGAGGGAAGGGGGCAGAGCUGCCUCUGAUGUUUUCUUCAAGAUUCCCGACUCUCCAUGGAAAGUCUAACACUGGGGCAGGAGGUCUGCCCACUGAGAAGGAAGCCUAGAGCGAGACAGAGAUGGCCAAAGGCAUUCUAGGGGAUGCAAGUCUUCACUUUGAUGAGCUGAAUAAACUACGAAUUUUGGACCCUGAGGUUGCACAGCAAACAAUUGAACUCAAAGAAGAAUGCAAAGCUUUUGUGGACAAAAUUGCAGAGUUUCAGAAAAUAGUGGGUAGCUUAAUAGAACUUGUUGAUCAACUAGCAAAAGCAGCUGAAAACGAGAAGAUGAAGGCAAUUGGUGCCCGAAACUUGCUAAAGUCUAUAGCGAAGCAAAGAGAAGCGCAGCAGCAGCAGCUUCAGGCUUUAAUAGCUGAGAAGAAAAUGCAGUUGGAAAGAUACCGAGUAGAGUACGAGACCCUGUGUAAAAUAGAAGCUGACCAGAACGAAUUCAUUGACCAAUUCAUUUUUCAGAAAUAAAAGAUUUCAGACUAACGUCCGCUGACUGGGCAAACUUGUACCUUUCCAGUAUCUCGAUGAUUCUAAAAUAUGCAGUUUUGUAUUGUGUACCAGUGAGCAAAGCAGUAUGUAUAAAGGUCAAAAAAAAAUUUAACACUAUGUCAACUUACAUUAACAUGGCCAAAGGUUUUCCAGGAAUGUGUAAAUAAGAAGAAUUCUAACCUGUCUCUUGUUUUUAAAAAAUCUGUUUGGUCCCUGUAGUUUGAUUUCAUUUAAUCUUUGAAUGGACACUACUGUUAUUACAUGGACCACCCCUCCCCCCCCUUUUUUUUUUUUAAAGUUUACAAUACUUGUGAGAAAUCAGGAAAUAAAUUAUUGUUGCUUUA